AUGCUGGCUUCUAUCAGGACUAGGUUUAGUUGGGAACAAGGAACCGCGGCGGGAGCCAUACUCGAAUUCAAUAACCCAGAGUACUCUGUCUUUGGAUCUUCCCCAUUUGUUUCCGAUGGAAAUUUCCCCCUUUCAACUCUGCAGCUUGCUUAUAGCGCUGCUGUACGGCAAAGUCCCGACGGUCGCCUCAGCCAAGAAAUCGGUGAUGCACUCGAUGCCGCUGCGUUAGAUGGCGCCUCCGCUGGCUCUGCGGUUCUUCUGGGCAGUUUGACUGACCCAUCUCGGUACAACUAUUGGCUGGACGCGGCUAACGCCCAACUGAAUUUUUUACUCAACGUAGCUCCUCGUACCUCUACUGGAGCUAUUUCCCAUCGUGUUGACUCACGUCAAUAUUGGGCUGAUGGCGUCUACAUGGGGUUCCCCUUUAUUGCAUACUUUGGGGCAGUUACCAACAAUGCAACUCUCCUUCAGAUUGCAUACGAUCAAUGUCGGUUGUACCGUGAUGCUCUUAUUCUAGACGGUCCCACUGGAAAACUCUGGGGACAUAUUUACUCCGACGAUAAUAAAACGUGGAUAGAUGAAGGUAUUUGGGGAACUGGUAAUGCAUGGGCAGCGCUUGGCAUGCUACGCGUUGCUGUGACGAUUCAAAAGACUGAGCACUCUUCAGAUAUGGCUUCUCAGAUCGCUUGUCUUACCUCAUGGAUCAAGGAAAUUCUGGACGGCGAGUUUGCUGCCUUGACAUCAGACAAUCUGGUCCCGAACUAUAUCAUCGGGGGUCCGUCUUUUCCUGAUGCAGCCUCCACCAUUGCCCUAGCCUCUGUAGCGUAUCGGGUUGCAUAUAUCUUCCCUCAGCAAUUCGGCAAGCACUACACGCAUGUGGCUGCGAAAAUACGAGACACUGUUAUAUGCAAUAUCACGAACCUCGGUACCUUGCAGCCCAUAGUGGAUCCUUUACCAGAUCCCUUUCCAUAUUGGAAUCAAACAGGACUGCUGAGUACAGAGGCACAAGCAUUUGGAUUGAUGAUGUUUUCAGCAUGGAGAGACUGGAUUGGCGCCUGA